UUGCGAGUUCGACGAGCCUCUCGACGACUCCGUUAUUAUUAGCCGUCUGCUCCGUUGACAUAUGAGACAAACAGCAGGAUGUCGAUGUGCGGGGCCGCGUGGAUGAGCCCUGCUCGUGAACUACUCUCGUCCGUUGCGGUUUUGGUAGAAUCAGAGUGUCGUACGCGGUGUCAUUGGCCACGUUGAUCGCGGGUUGUUUUGCGAGGCUUCGACGACGUGCGACAUUUACAUAUAUCUCGCGACAUCGAGACAGUGCAGCCGAUCUACCAGUCGGGAUCUCAGCCUUUGACGGUCGGAGAUAAAUUGUUAUUUGGGCUGACUAUUAGUAUCGAUCGGUGAAUAUCCUGCUUCACGGGGUUGCGACAGAUAUCUCGUUUGACCUGUUCAUCUUGGUUGUCACGCUACUAUCAUUGUCAGAGCAAUACUGCCUAUAGCUAUUGUCAAAUGAUCAGGUAGAAAUUGUAUCCUGAAAAUGUCGGGUGGAGAGAGGAAGAAAAGAGGAACCGAUCGAGGCCAUGGAUGGGAGGAGGCUGGUGCCGAAUUCUAUCAGGAGAGCUAUCCAGUGGCCAUAGAAGCUGAUCUGCAACAGGCGCUGCAGAGAGAUCCCUCGCACAUAGCGACUUUGCUUCCUAGCAAGAAGUCUCGCGUUGCCACAGCAAAACGAAUUCGCAAUGAUACAAAGACUACAUUGAGGAGACGCACAAGUACUAGAUCUCGCGGUACCACGACCUCAAGGCGUAUGUCGACCAAUGUACACGAUGUGACUGUAUCAAUGUUACCAGAUCUAUCGGAAAACUUGUCCAACGAGGAGCGCACUUGGGAGGAAAUCAUGCAAAUCAAGGCUAUGCCCGUAUGCAUGUCUCAAAAAAUACAACUGAAGAACCAGCUACAGAGUGCCACGAAGCUAAGACUCCAAGGUUUUGAACAGCUAAAAUGGCAGCGCAGGAAAGCUUGGCAACAAUUUCGCAUCAGGAUGAAAGAAGCUUACCAAAAGAUGGAGCUGUGGAACGUCUGUCUCAAGAAGAUUGGCGGAAAUUUUGGGAUGGGCGUAGUAGCGUAUUUCUUAUUUAUCAAAUGGUUGCUAUAUCUGAAUCUGCUUUUGUUCGCGAUUGUAUUCCUGCUAAUAAUAUUGCCAGCAAUAGUGCUGAAGGUACCAGAGGACGAAACGUGCUCAUCUAGUGAUGCCGCUAGUGUGGCUUGUUGUUCCGAGUUGUAUAGGAACAACACCGUCGAUAUAUACCUAGGCAGAAAUAUAUCUAAAAUCAUGCAAGAUGGAGGAGCAUUAGAUUGCCUUCUGAUGUUCUACGGUUCAUACACGCACAAGAUCUAUGAGAAUGGCAAUUUAUAUUACAAUUUGCCGCUGUCCUAUAUCUGCGCUAUCAUUAGCGUUUUCAUAGUUAGUCUGGUGGCGAUUGUACGAUCAGCAGCGAAAGGUUUCAGAGAGAGGGUCGUAGAGGGCGAGGGUCAGUUUUAUCGAUACUGCAAUUUGAUAUUUGGUGGCUGGGAUUACUGUAUUAAUAAUGAAAGAUCCGCCUCCAUAAAGCAUAAAGCACUAUAUAACGAGAUGAAAGCGUUUCUCGAGUCGGAAAGAUUAGAAGAGGAGCGGCGAAACCGCACGACCGAAGAGGAGACGAAAUUGUUCUUCAUGCGUCUGUUCGUUAAUCUUAUAAUAUUAACGAUAUUAGGCGGUUGCGGCUUAUUCGUUUAUUAUAUUAAUGAUCUCUCAUUCACUUAUCUGUCAACGCACGAGCACAGUUACGAUUUAUUCAUUCUGUUCUACGAAUUCCUUCCGUACAUAUGUAUCAUCGGACUUAACGUAACGGUGCCAUUUCUGUUUCGCUAUUUGGUCGCUCUAGAACAUUACAAUCCAUCGUACGUCGUUGAAGUGACGCUAUACAGAACCAUGUUUUUCAGAUUCGCUUCCCUCGCCGUUCUAUUAACGUCCUUGUACAAUCUCAUCGGGAACAAAGUUCCGCCUGACCAGUGCACCUACAGAGAGAAAAAACAGCUACUUUGCUGGGAAUCGUUUGUGGGUUUUCAGUUCUUCAAACUUCACUUUGUUGAUGUGACCAUGCAAGUGUUGAUGACGCUCUUCAUCAAUUUCCCACGCUCGCUAAUCGCGCGUUAUACCGAGAACAAGGUUUUGCGCUUCGUCGGUGAGCAAGAGUUCGAUUUGCCCAAGCAUGUGCUGGAUAUCUUCUACUUGCAAACGAUUUGCUGGCUCGGUUGUUUCUUUUUCCCGCUAAUGCCCUUGUUUGCCGUGCUCGGAACGUCCAUGUUGUUUCACUUGAAGAGAUUUAUUUGCCUUUACGUCAGCACACCGUCGAACAAGAUUUACCGUGCCAGCAGAUUAAAUUGCAUGUUCAUGUUCAAUCUAUUGUUAUGCUUUAUUCUGGCGAUGAUACCGGUCGGCUACUCCAUUGCGGAAAUCAUGCCGUCAAAAUCCUGUGGGCCGUUUCGAGGGCUGGAGUCUGUGUGGUCGUUACUGACCAUGACGUUCUCGCAGUUCCCCAAUUGGCUGCAGUCAGCUGUGUCCUUCCUGGGUACCGCUGGCUUUGGUAUACCGGCGUUCGUUAUUCUCUCUUUGCUUCUCUAUUACUAUUACGUAAUGUGGCUGGCAAACAAGCAUAUGGUGACGGUGCUGAAGAACCAAUUGGUAUUGGAAGGCCACGAUAAACAGUUCUUACUGAACAGGCUCAGCGCUUUCAUUAAGCAGCAACAAGAUCAGAAUAAAUUUCAUCAGGAACAGACCAAUGAGUUAGGCACGUUUCAACAUGUAUAAAUAGUAUAAAAAUUGAUUUGGUAUUCUUAUGGAUGUACAAAUUUAGUGCGAACAUUUUUACCGCGUAACCGUGAAUCGGUGAACGUCGGUUUCGAAUGCAUCGCUUGCUCGAGAUUUUUAUAGGUUUUACUUGUGAAACGUAAGACUGUCGACUUUGUCUUCUUUAUAUACACAAGUGGCACUUAUACAAUACAUUUUGAUAUUUUAUCGAAUUGGAUAGAAGUUAUUGAGGAACAAAGAGAAAGCUCUUACAUAUUGUCAGUAUUUUACAUAGACUGAUUUUCAUAAAUUUUAUACAAACUGAUUACUUAUUUUAGAUUUGGACGUACUAUAAUCACUGCCACAAACGUUAGUUUCCGAGAAUUUUUAGAUAAGUUUCUAAAACUUGCAUUUAAACGGGACAUAUCUCACAUUGUAGGAAACUCAAUCUCUUGGAUAUGAAAAUGCACAUCUGAGAGCAUGGUACAAAGGAAAAAAAAAGAAACAUGACAUUGUGCAAGUAUUACAAAUUAUAAGGAAAAUCGCGAAUUUAUUUCAGUUUUCAUUAAUUCUGUAUAAUUUUACAGAUAUCUAUAAAUCAUAUAGAUCCUACAUACAUGUAACAUUAAAGAAAAUCUAUUUAAACGUAAUCUCUUUGUCAGGAAUGAUAUAUAUUAUAAGCUAACACGCUUCUCAUCGUAGAACUCUGUAAUAUUACUCCAUAUAUAGGUUUUCUAGAACCUAUGAGAAAUUAUUUUACUAGUCAUAUAGUAAUGUCGGAAAAAAUCAGAGAUAUUUUAUUAUAUUAUUUCGUUAUCUCGAGGCUUUAAUAAUUUAGGAUAUAGGAAACGAACGAAUACAAGAAUUUUUGUAAUUCCAUAUAUAUAUAUAUAUAUAUAUAUAUAUAUAUAUAUAUAUAUAUAUAUAUAUAUAUAUAUAUAUAUGAUAUCUAUACAUUCAGAAUUUUAAUUGUAGAAAUCUCAUAUACCUCAGUAUUGUUAUAUAACGCCAAAGAUAAUUCAGGUUGAAAUUGUAAUAAUUUAUUUCAUUUAUUUUUAUUUAAUAUAUAUAGCAUAACAUAUAGCAUUAACACGAGAUAUUGCGAACAAAUUCUUUUAUUGUACUUCUCUUAAGAUACGCACAUCUUCAUACAUUAUCAUUAACUCUAUACAACACGGAAAUGAAAAUGUUUUCCAUAUUUUAAUGCAUGUUUAGAAGUCAAUUCCGUGAAAGCACACACGAUACACGCUAUCGCAAAUCAAUCAGAUUCUUUGGCCUAAAUAACUCAAUGCACAUAUACUGCGUAAUGAAAAAAUUUAUUUUGUAAAUCUUACAUUUGUAUAACUAAAAUAGCUCACCCUAGAUGAUCAACAAUAUUGAGCGUUUAGGAGUUGCUUAAGAUAGCAUGUAUGACUGCUCGGAUACAUCCUUCCUUAAAUUAUGAUAGAUAUUAUAAGCUCUAUCGACGGCACUAUAUAAAAAAUGCAUUUAAUGUAAAAUGGAAUAUGAAAUCAUAUAAAACAUAUAAUCCUAUGUAAAACAGAUUUACGUCCCCUAAGAAGUCUGCAGAGUACAUUUAUUAUGCAGAACGAAUUGUACUAUCAUAUUAAACGAAACAAGUCCACAAAUAUCUAAACAGGUAACUGCGUGUUUCUUUGAAUGUCACUGCUAAUUAGGCUAUAAUAUUACCACCACCCAGUCUCAUUACGCAUCUUAUAAUUAAUCAUAGAAUUCUUAUGCUCAUUGUCAUAGAUUAUAUGGGUAUUUGUGGUGUAACCAUCCAACUAUGAUGCUGUAAAAAUAAAUCUGUUGUAC